UGGAAUUGUCCUCUACUGGCAACAAGGCUGAACUACAAAAACGUCUGUUGGAUGAGUUCGAGCGCCGUGGUAUGAACAUCGAUACAUAUGAGUUUGACAGUAAGGAUGAAGUGGAUUUAUCGGAAAUGGGCGAAUCCAACGGUGGGGAAGUCUCGUCAGUAGCUGCCAGGGGUGACGAUUUCAGAGAAAUGCUGGCCAAAAUGUUUGAGGAAAAUUUCAGAAGGAGCGAAGAGAAUUCCAGAAAAAUGAACGAGAAACUCGAGAACAUUACAGAAGUUAUUGGAAGGAGAGUGGAAACCGUGGAGGUCCAAAUUAAAGAUUUGGAUAAGAAAGUGCAGUCGGUUGACGAGAAAUUUCUGGCCCACGACCACAGGUUUACGAAUCUGGAGAAGAAAAUUUCGGAACUGGAAAUUAAAGGUGGUCCGGUGCGAGCUCCUGAUAACACACUAAAAAUCAAACCUCCUGUAUUCGACGGCUCUACGUCAUUCAAUGUUUUCAAGUUACAGUUCGAGACAGUGGCUUCUAGAAAUUCGUGGAACGACAGCGACAAAGCGGUUGCACUACUUCUGGCAUUGAAGGGCAGUGCUGCUGAUGUUAUACAGAGUAUUCCUGUUGCUUCUAGAAACAACUAUGAAGAUGUUAUUGCUGCACUGGAACGUAAGUACGAUUUUGGCGGACCGAAUUGGUUAAAGAUUUUCAAGUAG